CACCUGGGUAGGGAAAGGCAGAGCAGCAAACAAGUGGGGACUGGAAGAGAGGGAAGCAGUCUGUCAGAAAUUCUCAAGUGGCCAGAGAAAUCACCCUGGGAGGAAUAGGAGGACACCAUGGAAAAGGAAAGCGGUUCCCAUUGGGAAAUGGGGCUGCUGAAAACCUUCGAUUCCAGUGAAUUUGUUAGUUGGGAGAAGAUUGGUUCGGGUGGAUUUGGGCAGGUUUACAAAGUGCGACAUAUACACUGGAAAACAUGGCUAGCCAUCAAGUGCUCCCCAAGCCUUCAUGUGGAUGAAAAGGAGCGUAUGGAGCUAUUGGAAGAGGCCAAGAAGAUGGAAAUGGCAAAGUUUCGUUACAUUCUUCCUGUGUAUGGCAUCUGUAAAGAACCUGUUGGCUUGGUCAUGGAAUACAUGGAGACAGGAUCACUGGAAAAGCUCCUGGCCUCAGAACCGCUGCCAUGGGAGCUACGCUUCCGAAUUAUCCAUGAGACAGCUGUGGGUAUGAACUUCCUGCACUGCAUGUCCCCGCCACUACUCCAUCUGGACCUCAAGCCUGCCAACAUCCUGCUGGAUGCUCAUUACCAUGUGAAGAUUUCUGAUUUUGGAUUAGCAAAGUGCAAUGGACUUUCACAUUCCCAUGAUCUCAGCAUAGAUGGUCUGUGUGGAACUAUUGCAUAUCUGCCUCCAGAACGUAUAAAAGAGAAGAACAGAUACUUUGACACUAAACAUGAUGUGUACAGUUUUUCUAUAGUGAUUUGGGGAGUCCUCACACAGAAAAAGCCGUUUGCAGAGGAAAACAACAUUUUGCAUAUUAUGGUAAAAGUGGUUAAAGGCCACCGCCCAGAGCUACCUGCCAUAUCAAAAUCCAGACCUCGCUCUUGUAAUAACUUGAUCAAACUGAUGCAAAAGUGCUGGCAAGACGAUCCUAGCAAACGGCCAACAUUUCAAGAAAUCACCUCAGAAACAGAGGACCUCUGUGAAAAACCAGAAGAUGAAACAAAGGAAAUGAUAGCUCAGGACCUGACCACCAAAAGAUCUCCGGAACCACAUUCAGAGGGAAUGCCUGUGUUAUCCCAGCCAAAACGGGAGUCCACUCCAGUAUCUGCUAAGGAUUAUAGCCUCUCUGAGUUGUUGUCCCAGCUGGAUUCAGGGAUCUCGCAGACGAUGGAAGGCCCUGAAGAACUCAGUCGUAGUGCUUCUGAGUCCAAACUUGCUUCCAGUGACAAGAGGCUUUCAGGGGUUUCGUCUGUGGAUUCAGCCUUUUCCUCUAGAGGUUCCUUGUCACUGUCCUUUGAGAGAGAGAACUCUGGAAGCGAUAUUGGCACAACAGAUAUUCAGAAGAGAAAACUGGCCGAGGCAAUUAUAUCUGGAGACACGAGCAAAUUGAUGAAGAUUCUCCAGCCCCAGGAUGUUGAUCUUGUCUUAGAUGGAAGCUCCAGCCUUUUACACUUGGCUGUUGAAGCAGGUGAAGAAGAAUGUGUCAAGUGGCUUCUUCUAUAUAAUGCCAACCCCAACCUGACCAACAAGAAAGGGUCCACUCCUCUCCAUGUGGCCAUAGAGAAGAAAAUGAAGAGCAUUGUGGAACUUAUUCUGGCACGGAAAAUCAAUGUGAAUGCCAAAGACGAGGAUCAGUGGACUGCUCUUCACUUUGCUGCACAGAAUGGGGAUGAGUUCAGUACCCGAAUGCUGCUUGAUAAAAAUGCAUCACUGAAUGAAGUGGAUUUUGAAGGAAGAGCCCCCAUACACAUAGCCUGCCAGCAUGGACAAGAGCACAUAGUGCGGAUACUGUUGAGAAGAGGUGUCAAUGUGGAUAUCAAAGGCAAGGAUGGCUGGGUGCCACUGCACUAUGCUGCAUGGCAAGGUCAUCUCUCCAUUGUAAAGCUUCUGGCAAAACAGCCGGGCAUGAAUGUGAAUGCACAGACAGUGGAUGGAAGGACCCCAUUGCACCUGGCAGCACAAAGAGGGCAUUACAGAGUUGCCCGCAUUCUUAUAGAACUACAGUCUGAUGUCAACGUACGGAACGUGCUUCUGCAAACGGCGCUCCACAUAGCUGCUGAAACUGGCCAUACCAGCACUUCGAGGCUGCUUCUCAAUCGUGGUGCAGAAAUAGAGGUAGCAACAGCGGAGGGAUGCACCGCACUUCAUUUAGCCUCUCGCAAUGGACAUCUAGCAACUACCAAACUGUUGCUAGAUGAAAUGGCUAAUGCUCUGGCUAGAGGCCCUUUGAACAGGACAGCGCUCCACCUUGCUGCUGAAAAUGGACAUGCCGAAGUAGUCGAAGAACUCGUAAAUUCAGAAAAUGUCAAUGAUUGUGAUGAGGAAGGGCUGACAGCUCUUCAUCUGGCAGCGAGAGGCGGGCAUGCAAAAACAGUUGAGAUUCUACUAAAACAUGGGGCCCUUGAUAACUUGCAAAGCCUCAAGUUUCAGACUCCACUGCAGCUGGCUAAACAAAGUGGGAAUAGCUCAGUUGUCAUGCUGCUAAGUGAGACUUAGCUGAACAAAUUCUGACUCUUGAGAUCUUUACUGGAGCUUGACUCUCUUGGGGAGUUCUCCUGGAAUUGCACAGUGACCUGCUUUUCUAUUAAGUCUGCAGAUAAGUCUGAAUUCCAGCCAGUCAGAAACUGCAUUUUAGAGAGGUACCAUGGCCUAAUGAACUGUGUGUAGGACCAAGAGCCAGAAACUCCUGAGUACUGAUUCCAGGUCUGUCAUUUGUGUGGUCUUGGGCAAGGCAUUUUGUUUCCUUCCCAACCUGUAUAGUGGAGAUGAAAGAACUUAUAUAACUAACCUCACAGGGAUGUUGUGAGGGUUAAUUAGAUGGGGUUUAAAUAGUGCCUUAAUUUUUUCAAUGUGCCAUACCCACAUUUAAGUAUUAUCAUCCUGCCUUCUGAUUUCUUCAGGCACAUGGUGGGACAAGCAUAUUAUUUCAGAUGAUUGGAUUAUUACAUAAUCCAUCCUUUUGUGUGUGUUUUUAAUAUCACUUGUUACCAUGGAGGCAUUGACAGCACACAAAUCAAUUUGAAAUGAGCAUUUUGGAAAGAUGCAAGCUAUUUAUUUAAAAUGUGUUUUAGGAUAGACCUGUUUCAACCUGGACCAUGUGGCUGAGUGUCAUAUCUUCAUUUUCAGAAGAUACAAAAUGGAAUAUAUGAAAAUGCUCUGCUUCUUUCAUUGUAAUAUAGAGAUGUUGAUUAUAAAGCCACACAUUUCUGUUUACUCGGAAUGGUCAAGAAACUAUCUUCAGCCAAUGCAUAUGGUAGAAGAAUUCUCAGACUAGCUGGUGGAGUGAAGCACAGAAGUUCACUUUUGAUAUACAAUAGUAACUUGUAUAUAGUGUAAGAUCAGUAAAAUAUAAGAUUAUUUUUUGUUACCAGUCAGUUGUGAAAUAAGGAUCUGUUAGUGUGUAAUGUGAAACUAGAAGCAACUAAGUUUUUUAGGGGUUUUUUUUUUGUUUGGCUGAAAUGAAUUCGUGAUGAACUGUAGUUAAAUGUUAUAUUCUAAUAACAUUAUAGAACUCUUCACAAGCAGUUUGUUUAGAUUAGUAUGUAAUAGAACCACAUGUACAGUGGCACGCUAUGUGUCCUAAAUGAAUGAACUGUGGUGAAUUCUCUAAUAUAAAUAUACUGUGUAUAUAGUAUUUCUACCAGUUGUAUACAUUUUCUACGGCAGAAAAUAUUGAGACUGUUUAGGCCUGGGUAUGUUUUAAUACGCCUCUUAAUGUUCACGCUUUUCAAAGUUCAAAUGUGAUCUGUUUAUCAAUAAAUAUAAUGUUCUAUA